UGCGUCUUGCCGUCACCCUGGGGCCCGUGUCAACAGCAGAGGGAGGAAGAAGAGUCACAGAGGAGGAAAUCAGAAAAUAACGCUGCUGCAGACAUGGACCUGCGCUCUGAGCUGCUUAAGUCCAUCUGGUAUGGUUUCUCAGCUCUGGAUCUGGAGAAGAGUGGGAAGGUGUCAAAGUCCCAGCUGAAGGUUUUGUCUCACAACCUUUGCACAGUCCUGAGUAUCCCACAUGAUCCCGUUGCCUUAGAGGAGCACUUCAGAGAUGAUGAUGACGGUCCAGUUUCCAGUCAGGGUUAUAUGCCUUACCUCAACAAGUACAUCCUGGAUAAGGUUGUGGAGGGGUCUUUUCAAAAGGAAAACGUGGAUGAGCUCUGUUGGACUCUUACAGCAAAGAAAAACUAUCAGCCCAAAAAAAAUAGCUCCUUUGUUCUGCCAGAUAAAGAUGCUUUUCGGCUGUGGUGCCUUUUUAAUUUUCUCUCUGAAGACAAAUACCCGUUAGUAAUGGUUCCUGAUGAGGUGGAAUAUCUCCUGAAAAAGAUGUGCACAGCCAUGAGCAUCGAGUUCUGUGGUGUGGAGUUAGAAGACUUCUUCUCUCAGGACUCAGUGCAACAAAGCGGCAUAACUGUCUGGACUUUUCUGGAAAUGAUGAACUCUGGAAAGAUAACUCGUGGUAUUGAAAUGGGUAUUAUCAGCAUGGCUAUAGAGGAGGUGUACAGGGAAAUAGUCGGCGAUGUUCUCAAAGAGGGUUAUUUGUGGAAAAAAGGGCAACUGAGACGAAACUGGAAGGAACGCUGGUUCACCCUUAGACCCAGCAACUUGUCCUACUAUACCGGAGAGGACCGCAAGGAUUGUCAAGGCAAUAUCGCCCUGGAUGGGAACUGCUGCGUGGAGGUGCUGCCAGACCGGGAUGGAAAGAGGUGCAUGUUUUGUCUAAAAACACUCUCCAAGACUUAUGAAAUGAGCGCUUCAGACACCAAACAACGACAGGAAUGGACAGCAGCUAUUCAGACAGCCAUCCGGCUGCAUGUGGAAGGGAAAAAGUCUUUGCACAAAGACCUCAAGCAGAAGCGAAGGGAACAACGGGAGCAGCGUGAAAAGAGAAAGCAAGCCAAGGAGGAGGAGCUGCAGCGGCUUCGGGCUUUGCAGGAAGAACGGGAACGCAAACUUGCAGAGCUGGAACUCCUAAAGGAGGCCCAGAAGCAGGCCCAGAGUCUCCUGGAAAAAGAUGAACAACGGAGGCGCCAGCAGCAUGAACAGCUCCAGCAAGCUCUUGAAGUUCAGCUUCGAGAGGCGGAGGAGGCCAGAGUCAGCAUGCAGGCAGAAAUGGCACUGAAGGAGGAGGAAGCAGAAAGGCAGCGGAAGAGGAUCCAGGAACUAGAAGAGAUGCAGAAACGUUUGGAGGAGGCUCUGCAGCAGGAGAUCAAAGCUAGGCUAGAUGAGGAGGCUUUUCGCUACGCUCAGGCUGGGUUGCUGGCUGAGGAGGAGGACAAGAUGAAGGCCCUGAUGUCCCUUCAAGAGGAGCAGGAAGAAUACAUUUUGAAAACAGAAAGGGAGAAGCAGGAGCUUAAGCAGGAAAUGGAGGCCAAAUCUCGAUCUCUGGAGGAGGCGCAGAGGCAGCUGGAGGAGGUCCGCGCAAAUCGGCACAGGGUCGACCAGGACGUAGUGGCCGCCCAAAGAAAGCUUCGGCAGGCAAGUACCAAUGUUAAACACUGGAAUGUCCAGAUGAACAGACUGAUGCGGCCAAUCGGGCCUGGUGAGAAGCGACCAUCUUUGGGAUCCUCUUACUCAAGCUUUCAAAUUCCAACGCAGAGAGAUCCUGGGCUUCGUCUUAGAAGGAGGUCCGAUUCAGAGAACCAGGACGAGGAACGCAAGGAAAAUGUUGAGAAAAGAGCUGGGAAUGAUUUAGAAAAACGGAAUUCGCAUUGCUCGAACGGAGACAUGAACAUCCCCUGAAAGAUGACUCAGAUAGGCCGCUCGCUUUGCCCCGGAUGAGGUUUUUUUUUCAACAGGAAGGCCAAGAGACAGUUGUCUUAACACGUGACUGUUUUGAAAGCAGUGGGAUGUCUACUUGAAACUAAAUUUACAACUCCGCCUUUUCAUGUUGAAUUUACUGACCACUUCACAUUAACAAACAUCACUUUCAGACAUUUUAUAGACCAUUUGCAGGUUUCCUGCUAAAUGAAUACUUUGAUUACUCGCUGUGUGGCUGUUUUUCUUUUUUAACAAAAGUAAAUACUGCUGUGGACAAAAGAACAGUAUUUUGCUCCAGUUGGGGAAAUACUGAUGCCUGGUUUCUUAUGCAUAUAGUAUUUAGAGUUGUGGUUGUAGCUUUGUGAUGAGCGUUAACUCAGUAUCAGUUGUUUUUCCACCGUUUUACUCCUCACAAACAGGAAAGAGAAAGCUAGAGGGGAGAUAACUUCCUGUCAGUAGGUCACAUGACUUUAUUGUAAAUAAAAAGUGAAUUGAUGCUAAAACUGUACUUAAUUGCCAUGACUGAGUUAAUUAUGUGCUGUGUGAAAUGUAACAUUUUACUGAAAUAGUAUUAGGACACAAUGAAAAAAAGUAUUUUUCUAAUGUACUUAAAAACUGAUGAAAUAAAAGUCAGCUGAAGUCACAGUUGAA